AUGGGAGGGUUUGAGGGUCAUCUGUUUCCCGGCCUGUCCUUAUUCCUCUACGGACUCUAUCAUGCAGCACUCCUCUCCAGGGCUGUGAUAUGCAACUCUCCUGUCCAGUAUCCACCGCACCGUCCUUGGAGCAAAGGAAGAUGGGCAAGGUUACGGCAAAUGUAUUAUAUCGGCUUUCUGAAGAUUUUGAGUUCUUGCAUUUUAGUAGCCCAAGAGUUGAAUAGCAUUCAAUGGCAGUUGAUUCUCAUCACCAAGAAGUAUCACCUGAGAAACUUCAUGUACCGCAAACAGUGGCAGCAUCUCACUCUCUACAUGUCCUUCUUUCUGAGCGGGUGUGUAGACGUGGUCAGCCAGAACCUGCUGUCCAAGAGGUGUGCAGUUCUGGAGCAAGGUGCUCAAGCGCUGAGCAUGUACCUGUUUUUGCCCCUGAUGGUGUCACAUAUGCAGGACACAGAAGGAGUGGAGCUGCAGAUUCACAUGCUGUUCAUGCAGGCCAUGUUCCUGCUGACCCUAGUGGGGACUGUGGAGCUGUGGGCUCCCAAUGUGCUGCUGAUCUGGAUGCUGAAGGCCUUUCUGUACAUUGUCACCGGUUCCUGGCUCAUACAGAUAGGCUUCAUGCUGUACAAACCAAUCUCUGGCUAUAAAUGGUUGGACGAUGACAAGAACGACCUAGCGUUCGCCACCACUUUCUUCUGCUGGCAUGUGGCCUUCAGUGCCUUCCUGAUGAUCUCUACCUACGGUUUCUCCAUUUUGUGGUAUCGUUACCUCAGGGCUGGUGCUGAUGCCUGA